AUGUUUCCCAAAUAUGAAGAGUUUAUUGAAAAGCUGGUAAAACCGUUGGGACUGAUGAUGGACGAGGUGCCUCUAAAUGCGCAUCACUUGUCUAAAUUCGAGCUGAUUAAGAAAACAUGGAAAAUGUUCCAACGAGUGAGACAAAUAGGAGCAUCUAAUAUGGUCGAUUUCUACGAGCUGUUGACAGCGCCGAUUGCUAAGAUCUUGGACAGAUGGUUCGAGAGCGAUGUUCUGAAGGCAACUUUGGGUACAGAUGGAGUUCUCGGAUUUGCAGCCAGCCCAUAUGACGUGGGAACUGGCUAUGUUCUGCUUCAUCACGUUAUCGGCGGUGUGGAUGGUCACAGCGGAGCUUGGGCUUACGUUAUGGGCGGCAUGGGAGCGGUAUCAUCAGCCAUAGCAAAAUCUGCACAAAGUCACGGAGCUGAGAUCUUUGUGGAUCAGGAAGUGUCCGAGGUACUCGUCGAUGAUGGCGCAGCACGAGGGGUUCGUUUGGUAAAUGGGAAAGAAGUCCACGCAGAAGUUGUUCUUUCAAACGCAACGCCAAAAGUCACAUUUGAACAUUUGGUGGCAGAGGCAGACUUGCCUAUGGAGUUCCGCCGUGCGGUAAAAUCCAUCGACUACACAUCGCCAGCGACAAAAAUCAAUGGUAAAAAUGGCGAAAUCCUUCUCCCACGAUACGUGACUUUUCCGAAACUUUAG